UCUCUCCCACUUCAAACUUGUAUACCUGACAUCGCACUACUCACUGUAACUCACCUUCUAAGCUUCUUCAUCACUCUCACUCACACAUAUAGAGCAAAACAAAGAAACCUUUCUUUGUAAACAGCUCAAAGUCUCAAACCCUUUUGAUAGCUUCGGAAAAAUGCAGACAGUUAUUGUAAUAGUUGCAGUGCUGUUGGCUGCUCGUACUUGGGACACCGUCCAGGCAUGUCCGCCAUCAGACCGGGCGGCGCUACUCGCUUUCAAAGCGAGCCUCCACGAGCCCUACUUGGGAAUUUUCAAAUCAUGGACAGGCGCCGACUGCUGCCACAAAUGGUACGGUAUCAGCUGCGACCAGGGAACCCGCCGUGUCGCCGAUAUAAACCUCCGGGGAGAAUCCGAGGACCCCAUUUUCGAACGUGCUAAAAGAACCGGCUACAUGACCGGGACGAUCUCGCCGGCCAUCUGCCGUCUGACACGUCUCUCCAGCAUCACCAUCGCCGACUGGAAGGGCAUCUCCGGUGAGAUUCCCCGGUGCAUCACCAACUUACCCUUCCUCAGGAUCCUCGACCUCAUCGGAAACAAGCUCACUGGACCUCUCCCCUCCGACAUCGGUCGGUUGCAGCGCCUCACCGUCCUCAACGUCGCCGACAACUUCAUCUCCGGUCCCAUCCCCGAGUCUCUGACGAGAAUCUCAUCCCUCAUGCACCUCGACCUCCGCAACAACAAGAUCUCGGGAAAGUUGCCACAAGAUUUCAACCGGCUCAGAAUGCUCAGCCGCGCUUUGCUUAGCAAAAACAUGCUCACCGGUCCCAUUCCAGAAUCCAUCUCUCAAAUCUACCGUCUGGCUGAUCUUGAUCUCUCUCUCAACCAACUCUCCGGUCCGAUUCCGGCCUCCCUAGGUAAAAUGGCGGUCCUCGCAACCCUGAACCUCGACUGUAACAACAUGACCGGAACUAUCCCCCCGAGUUUGAUCGUCUCAAGUAUAAGCAACUUGAACUUGAGCAAAAACUCCCUGCACGGUUUCAUACCAAACGUGUUUGGUCCGAGAUCUUACUUCACUGUGAUAGACUUGUCCUACAACAUGUUGAGAGGUAAUAUUCCGUCGACCAUCUCGUCGGCGUCCUACGUUGGUCAUUUGGAUUUGAGCCACAACCACCUCUGUGGGAAGAUUCCGGUCGGUUCGCCGUUCGAUCACUUGGAAGCGUCGUCGUUUAGCUACAAUGAUUGCCUAUGUGGGAAGCCACUAAGAAAUUGCUAGAGUAAAAUGUUUAGUAAGAGAUUAUACCAUAUUGUGAAGUUGGCUAUCAUGAAUCCCUACGUUAAGACUCAUAACAGAGGAUUAUGUAUUUCGUGUGUUUUAUUAGAUCAUUACCAAUGAGCAAUGAAGUAAUUUUCAUGCACGUAUUU